AUGUUCGCCUCCAGUCCACCGUCCUCGGCGUGGCGGAACCACGUCCAGGAUCAAGAGGAGGAUCUCGUGCGGGAACUGAUGGAGGCCGACGACGUCGACGCCGUGCUGGCACGCAUGGAGGGUGACCAUUUUCGCCACCUUUCUCCCGUAAUGCGAAAGCUGAGCUCCUUCGAUGGGCCGAAGCAGCAACAACCGCCUCCAUCACCUUCUGCGCAAGCAAGUCUCGCUCAAUCGUCAACAGCAUCGACGCGAGCGGGCCAGCGACACCCACCUCCGCCACCGCCGCAGGAGGGGCCCGAUGCCCGCCCGUACAGUGGUGGGAGAAGAGGCUCUGACAACGCAGAGAGCCGCGACGGAAAAGGCGCGACGUCGUCCCUCGGCCAUCAACCGUCUUACGGACGCUACCCCUCAUCGUACCACCCGCCCUCCGCAUCGUCCUCCACCUAUCGAGGCGGUCCCUACGGCAGUGACGCUCCUGCAGCCACUGGUGACGUCGGGGACCACUCACCGGCCGCCCGUCCACCACCACCACUACCGCCAACGAACAGAGACUACGACCCCCUGCGUGCGUAUCGACGACCAGCCACAGACGCAGUCGAUGCAGCACCCGCACGACCUCGCGAAGCUAUUGACUCACAAACAGAGUCACGCUACAGCGCCACAAUGGACUCGUGGCUCAAGCCGCGCCGCCAGCUACCGCUAGACAUCACCGCUGACAGCCCCGCCAGCACGACACAGCGCACCGAUCCCUUUGCCGCGACGCGCCUGCCGACCUACGCCGCGCUGGAGACGGCGCCGCUCGUGCCAGAGGGGAACGUACCGCCGCCACCGCCAACGCCCGGCAGUCCGUGGACCUCGAGUGGCGGUCGCUACCACGGCGGCAACAACAACGGCGAUCCUCAGCGGGCGCCGCGCGUUACCACGACGACGACGACGGCCCUCGCCCCUCCCCGUCCUUCCGGCUCGCGAGGCAGGACGGAUGAGUUGGGGGAGCUGGAAAACGCCUCGCAGUCGCGCAUCGCGCGCCAGCUGCAGCUGCUGCGAAACUACCGCGAGCUCGCCGAGCUCUGCUCCGCCACAAAAGACCCGAGCGUCGAUUUAUUCCGCUCCCUGCCUUCCGAGGAGCUGGCCCGGAUGCAGGUCGGGCAACUACAGGGCCUGCCCCAGCGAGAGCAAAGCCCCAUCACGGUGAACAACAACUACUACUUCGACAACUCAGCCAGUCGUCGUGGCAGUGGAGGUGGGGGAGGAGGCCGUAGCAGCCGCGAGUCCCCGCGUAGGAGCGGUCGGGGUCGCAUCAACAGCGUCGACACCGUUGGUGCGCUCAGCAAAACGGGUGCCGCACCUAGAAGAGGCGGCAACAACUCCCCCUCCGGCUCAGAGCCGCUCACGGUGGACAGCCGGCCCGGCCUCACAAGCCACCAGCCCUCCGGCGCAUCCUCCUCGCAGCCGCUUCGGCCGCCACUGCUGCCGAGUCCGCGCUACGGCCCCUUGCAGAGUCCGCAACCGUCUUCCGCACCCGACUCACCGGUGGCAACGCCUCCGCUGUCGCAGCGUGGUACUGGUGGGGGCUCCCCUGCGGGACCGCCGCCACCGCCGCUGCUCGCGCCGCCGUCACCCAGUCGCUCCUACCACGCCCGCAGCCACCGCAGCCGGCACUACGACGGCCACUACACCCCCACCGCGACGACCGAAGAGGCCGGGUCGAGCUACGAGGAGGACGAAGAAGAGGAAGAGGACUACGCCGGUGACUUCAUAGACAACGACGACGGGCCGGACGGGGGGGAGGACGAGGACGACGCGACGGCGCCACGCCCGCCGCCGCCGCGCAUUAUUGAGCGGGAGCAGCACCGUCGCUUCCCGAACAACAACGGUAAUGGCGACUACUCCACGACGAACGCCCAGCCGCCGCUCUCGCCCACGUCGCAGCAGCAGCAGCAAUCACAGCUGCCAAACUCACAACAUCAACCACUACUUCCGCAGCAACAGCAGCAGCAGCAGCACGGGAGCUACCCCAGCGAUUACACAUCGAACCCGUCUAGAAUGAACGGAAGCGAGACGUUUGCCGGCGUAGAUGGAAACAGCUUUCCUCCCCAUGUGCGCAGCGGGUCCAAUGUGAUGCCGCCCGGUGCGUCGCCCAGCAACAUGGGCGGCGUCGCGGGCAGUGACGCAGGGCGGCGCAGUGUGUCGAGCGCGAUCAACGUGCUUUCGGGUGAUAACGAACUGCGGGCUAACGCGCAGCUCAGCGCGAGUGGGAUGGUGGACAGCCGUCGUGGAUCGCUGUCGCAGCCGCCUCAGCAGACACAGCAACAGCGACACAUCACUGCCUACAACGGAAACAACUUCGUCCCGUUGGCGCCCUUCGCACGCAAUCAGCAGCAGCAGCAGCAGCAUCCACUGCGGCGCAGUCUGUCCGCGGGGUCGAGCCCGUUAAAUCGCCAGCGCGACGGUGACGCUUACACCGACCCCGGCAUCACCGCCUUUUCACAUCUGAACCCUCUGCGUGACCCGCGCCGCGACACCAUGCCGAGCGCGGUGAACCGCAGCGGCGGACGGCGCGGCGGCAACUCCACCCCCGAGAAGAUGUUCAGUGCCACCAGCAACAGCAGCAGCCGUGGCCGCUUUGGGAGUCAGCACCCUACAGGCAAAGGGAAGAGCAGCAGAAGCAACAACAAAGGCAACAGCAAUACCCUCCGCCCGGGCAACCGCCGCGACGGCAAAGGCCGCGACCACGACCGCGACGAUCGGCGCAGCGAUGAGAACAGCGACUACAUGGAUGACGACGUCGGUCUUGGCAGCAACGACCGCGACUCUAGCAUGAGUGGGGACGACACGCCAGGAAACCCACAGCUGCAGACGCACAACCCGCGCUCAUCCACAAUGCGCAAGAAGAGUCGGCAGCAGCAGCAGCAGCAGCAGCAGCAGCAACGACGGCAGAGUCAGCGCGGCAACAACGUUAACGCACGCCCAGGCCGGACGCCAGCGAACGCGUCUGGCGGACGUGGACCGCAGCGAGACGGGUGGGACGACGACGGCACCGUGCACACCCCGCGUACGCGGCGUCCGGCCACACGCCAGAAGGCCGGCAGCCGGAACCCCCGUGCGUACCGUCAGCAGAACCCGUCGCCGACGUCGUCGCAGCAGCAGCGGCAUGGACGGCACGAUCGCGGCAGGAAAGAGCCCUCAUCGCCGUUCUACGAUGACGACGGUGCGGAGCUGAACUCCGCCUCCACCUACUCGUACAGCUACGCCACCAGCUCCGACAUCAAUGACUACAUCGCGGGCAGCUACUACAGUCCCAUCAAGGGCAUUCCAAGCGAGCGAGGACGCGGCAUGCCCAACAAUAUUUAUCCUGGAGGUGGUCGUUCCCCGAUGCGCGGGCGUGGGCGGGGCAACGCGUACGCUGCGAACAGCCCCUACCGCACGACCCCGCAGCGACGACCAGGCGCUAACCCGGCCGGCGGAAGCAAUCUUCCGUACAGCAACAACAACAGCCCUCUACAAGGUCGUGGUCGUGGCGGGGCCCGCGGCGUCGGACGUGGUCGGGGAGGGCUCAUCAAUCCUAACGUCCUCAACAGCAACGGCGCAAACGUCGCAGCGGGCGGGGCGCCGUACCCGUUCUACAGCAGCGCCGUCCCUAUUGGCAGGGGACGUGGGGCGCCGGUGGUCAUCGGCGGCCUGCAGUCCGCCAACCGACGCGCGCCACCGCCGCAGGGCGGAGGCCCUUACAAUAAUAGCAACAGCAACAUCCCCAACAGCGACGGUGCCCAAACUCCGCGCAGAACGGGAGCAGAUCCUGCCAUGGCACCGGCAGCAUCAGCGCCAAGUGGCUUGGUGCAUCUUCCAAACGGACUUGCAGUGCCGGCAAACUCGCCGGCAGGACGGCAGUACCGGCAGAUGCAGCAACAAGCACAGCAAGCACAACAGCCACAACCGUUUGGCUAUCCCCCAGCCAGUGGCCUUUAUCCGGCAGGAGCGGGGAUCACGAACCGACCGCCGCAGCAGCCGCAGAUGUCGGCCGCAACAUCGCCCAGUCGUGCCGGCCGCGCCGCCUCUCCGUCCAUCGUGCCGAGCAACAUCAACGCGGGUCGCUCUACGAGUCCUGGCGCGGGGUCUGCCGUGCGCGUCCACCCCGGGCUGCUCUACGGCUCGCUGCUCCCCAAGGCACGGCCCAAGACGGCCCUUGUGGUGGAGGACGACGACCGCGGCCGGGAGCGCAGCGUCGAUCCUCACGGUGACGCAACGCACGAGCCGUUUCUCGAGCCCGGAAGCGUGUGCCCAGUGCAGCCUGUCGUCCCCACCGCUGCGCCGCCCCGCACGGUGUUCAAACCGUCGCCGAUGGAUACGUUCCUGCUGACGGGUGCGAUCAGCGGCGCGACGGCGGACGGCGUGCAGCCACUGGCGUGGAAGUCGGGCGGCGCGGGCUGUGUGGUCGGCCGCUUCGGUCACCUCCCACACGCGCCCACCGCGAAGCUGUCGUCGCACUAUAAAACACCAAAUGCUCAGCCGUUGCAGAGCGGUGCGGCGAGCUCGGUAGGGGGAGGUGCUGGCUUCUUCCCAAGUAAUGUGCCACCGCAGCAGCAGCAGCAGCACUUCAAUCCAGCCCGUCAGCCGGCCGCAGCCCGGAAGGCAUCUGCGUACUCUCUCCCUAGUGCGAUCUCGUCGCAGGCACAGCAGCGCGCCACAGCAGGGACGAACAGCUCCCAGCAGCGGUAUGUCCCCCUGCAAGAGCCGCUGGAGCCGGCUCGUGGGUCGAGUGGAGUGAAUUACGACACCGCUCGCUCUCCUCGCGUGGUGGACCCGUACACGCCGCGUGGUAGAGCGGCGGCGGAACGAAGCGCAAAUGUGCAGCGCUUCGGCAUUGCACCCGUCCAGAACUAA